CUGCACUACAGAGACACCGGUCCAAUUAUUUGCUAUUGACUUCUCUGGAAAAGAAUGAACAUGCAAACUGUCCCUCGGGCUUUUUGGUUCUCGUUGAAGAGAAAGGGAAAACUAUAUCCUCCUUGACGGUUGCCAUGGAAGGUCAUUACAAUCGCCAUGUGGAAAGCUUUAGAGAGAAAGAGUAUCCUAUGCUCAAAGGUAUGUGCAAGACAAGGAUAUCGAGCAAACAAUUCUGCUAACGCAACAAGCAGAUGCCAUCUACCUUGAUCAUGCCGGGACGACUCUUUGCUCAAAGUCACUGAUGGAGAGAUUCACAGCAGAUAUGAUGUCGAAUCUCUACGGCAACCCCCACUCCGCCUCUCCUUCCUCGCAAUUGUCCACCUCUCGGAUUGAGGACACUCGCUUGAAGGUUCUUCAAUACUUCAGAGCUGACCCAGAACACUUUCAUGUGGUGUUUGUCGCAAACGCAACUGCUGGAAUCAAGUUGGUCAUGGAAGCUUUGCGAGCCCUGGAUGGGGGGUUCAGUUAUACAUACCACAUGGACUCGCAUACGAGUUUAGUUGGUGUACGAGAGGGGGCUAUUGCAAGCUAUUGUUUGGACGACGGAGAAGUCGAAAACUGGCUAUCGGGAAAUGCCAAUAAUGAAAGCGCACCCGUAGCAACCAGACUUUUUGCAUAUCCAGCACAGUCAAACCUUGAUGGACGUCGACUCCCUCUAUCAUGGGCACAGAGAGUGAAAUCCCUGUGUUCUCCGACGAAAUCAACGAUAUACACCUUAUUGGAUGCCUCUGCAUUAGUUUCCACCGCUCAGCUGGAUCUUAAUGAUAUCGAUAAAGCUCCCGACUUUACAGUAUUGAGCUUCUACAAGAUCUUUGGCUUUCCAGAUCUAGGGGCUUUGGUUGUUCGAAAAGACUCCGGUGCCAUCCUUCAAAAACGAAAGUACUUUGGAGGAGGUACUGUCGAUGUCGUACUAUCCGUCAAAGAACAAUGGCAUGCCCUGAAAGGGCAAUCUCUACACGAAAGCCUCGAGGAUGGAACUCUACCAUUCCACAGUAUCAUGGCGCUGAGCUCCGCAAUUGAUGUCCACGCCGACCUAUAUGGCUCCAUGGAUCGCAUUGCAAAGCACACAUCUUUUCUCGCACAAAAACUCUAUACCGGCUUAAAGGCCUUGAAACAUGCCAAUUCCUUGCCCGUAUGCGUGGUCUACUCAAAAGGAGAUGCCUUCGAGGAGAAUAUGCAAGGCCCAGUCGUUGCUUUUAACAUCCAGAAUAGUCAAGGUGCUUGGGUCAGUAAUGUGGAAUUUGAGAGACUGGCAUCCAUCCGAAAUUUUCAUAUUCGAAGCGGGGGACUUUGUAAUCCUGGAGGGGUUGCCAACUUUCUGGAUCUUGAGCCGUGGGAAAUGAGGCGCAACUUCUCAGCAGGUUUUAGGUGUGGAGUAGAGAGUGACAUUUACGCUGGCAAGAUCACUGGCAUUAUCCGAGCAAGUGUAGGAGCCAUGAGUACUGUCGGUGAUGUGGAGGCUUUCGUUUCGUUUGUGAAGGAGUUUUAUGUAGAGAACAAACCGGCUCACUAUAAGUUGAAACUCAAAACAGAAACGAAAGCUUCCAAUCAUUUGUUUGUAGAAAGCCUUACAAUUUACCCCAUCAAAAGCUGUGGGGGUUACAGUAUUCCUGCAAGUGCCAACUGGGAAAUCAGACCGGAAGGCCUGGCUUGGGAUAGGGAAUGGUGUCUGGUUCACCAAGGAACGGGCCAAGCUUUAAGCCAGAAGAGGUAUCCCAAAAUGUCACUUAUACGCCCUACACUUGACUUCGACCAAGGUCUACUACACAUCGAAUGCCAAAACGGACCAACAUCUGAACCACAAAAGACUUCCAUCCCUCUGUCGGCUCACCCUACAUUUUGUAGUCCAGGGACUGGCAAUAAACUUCUGUCAUCGCGUGUAUGUGGGGACAACAUCAUCGCACAAACAUACAAUAGCGCGAUCAGCGACUUCUUCACCCGAGUCCUAGAAGUGCCAUGUACUCUCGCAAGAUUUCCAGCAGGGGGUUCGGGAUUUGGAUCAAGACAUUCAAAGGCGCACAUGCAGAAACAUCAACGGCUUAAAAACGACCACCCAAAUAUGGGAUCGAUCCCUGGAGCAUACCAAUCAACCAUAACACCCCUUGACUCUGACUGCGAAGUCACUCCCAGACCCAUUCUUCUCUCGAAUGAAAGUCCAAUACUUUCAAUCAAUAAAUCAAGUCUUAACGCAUUAAACAAAGCCAUCAUUGAGACAGGCGGUAGCCCUGCUGCCGCAGCAGUCUUCCGAGCAAAUAUUGUCAUUGCUUCUAAAUCUCCCGAAACCGAGAAACCAUACGAUGAAGAUCAUUGGACGAGAGUACGGAUUGGCCAACAAGAUUUCCAAAUGCUGGGCUCUUGUCGGAGGUGCCAUAUGAUUUGUAUCAAUCAGGAUACUGCUGAGAAGGAUGAGGAGCCUUUUGUGACUCUGGCUAAGACGAGGAGAUUCGAUUCAAAGGUCUUCUUUGGGAGUCAUAUGUGUCAUGUCCCUGAUAUGUUGGGGACGAAAGACAGCCAGUUUCCUACUAUCAGGGUGGGUGAUGUUGUCAGUGUCGAUGUCGCGAAGGAGAUUUGA